AUGCGUCUUUCAUCUUCUUUGAUUGCCCUGGUGGCAUUGGCCGGCCAAGCACUUGCUUUGCCUUUCAAUGAGUUGGCUGAGCGUGAUACUGGACUUGAUGUCAAGCUCAUCCCCAUUGGAAACACCCGUGUGAAGGCAAUCAUCACCAACAAUGCUGACCAUGAGAUGUCCUUUGUGAAGUAUAAUACCUUAUUUGACUCCUCGCCAGUGCGCAAGGUCCAGAUCUCUAAGGAUGGCUCUAUCAUUCCUUUCAAGGGCAUCCACCUCUACUAUGACAUUGACAACCUUCCGAAGGAGGCUUACAAGACUUUGGCUCCGGGUGCCAGUGCUGAAGCUGAAUUUGACAUUGCUGAGACAUCUGACCUCUCCGCCGGUGGCUCUUUUAAGAUCUCUGCUGAAGGCAGCAUUCCUGUCAUUGAUGGCCAGGGCACUAAGCCCACCAGCUCGAUUCGUUUUAAGGCCAAUACCUUGACCAUGGAUAUUGAUGGUGAAAUGGCUUCCAGAGUCGCUAGCGCCAUCCCAGAGCUUAACAAGCGCACCCGUGUUGACAACCAGACCUGUACUGGUCAAUACGCCCAACUCCUGCAAGGCGGUCUUCGCACCUGUGCCACCUAUGCCCAGCGUGCUGCCCAGGCAGCUUCCGGGGGGAAUGCUCAGAAGUUCCAGGAAUACUUCAAGACCACCAAUCAACAGACGCGCCAGAAUGUUGCCCGCCGCUUCCAGGCCAUUGCCCAGGAAUGUAGCUCUGCCAACCAGGGCCGCACGAUCUAUUUCUGCCAGGAUGUCUACGGCUACUGCCAGGGUGCCAUUGCUUACACUGUCCCAGACCGCAGCCAUGUUGUCAACUGCCCAGCCUACUGGAGUCUGCCUCCUGUUCUCAACCGCGGUCUUGGCCCUGACCAUGGCUAUGUUAUUGUUCACGAGUUCACUCAUGCUCCUAGUGUUUUCAGCCCUGGCACUGUCGACCAUGCUUACGGAUAUGAGCAAUGCAGGAGACUUAAUGCCCAGCAGUCUCUUAACAAUGCUGACAGCUACUCUCUCUUUGCUGCUGAUGUCUCUCGCAACUAA